AUGUCUUCACCUAGAGUCAAGGUUCGUACAAUCGUUAAGUCCUCUUUCCACCAGAACUACUGGAUCACUCUCAAAGGUCUCCUGCUCAUAGAGACGAAACAGUCAUUCCUAAGGAGGAGACACAGCGCUACGAAUACUGGAGAGCUUCUCAAAGCGAGGCAAAACAAUGAGAAUGAGAAUGAGCCAGAUGAGAAGGACGAUGAAUGCGACGAUGACGAUGACGAGAAGAAAUGCACGAGAACAAGAACCGGGCAGCACAGCACCGCAACAUCGACACCGGCACAAGCACAGUCAUCAACAACGAGUGCAAAUCUCCCCAGUAAUACACCCGUUCCGCCCUUCUCGACGCCUGCCCUUUCCUCUCUUUCCCCUCUUCCACCUCCACCACCGCCACCGCCGGCCUCUUCGACGCAGCAAACAACCUUAAUUACAUCGAAACUGACCUUGGAUCCAUCUUUGGCGCCAACCACUCCUGCAACAAGUGCGCCGAUUUCUAGUACACCUCUUGCCGCAGAGACAUCGACGUUAUCAUCCAACGUCAUUCCACUGCCAACAAGUCAAUCACUAAGCACCAGUUCCUCAGUUGCUGGUGCUCCGGCAACAACCGUAUCACCACCGCCUACACAAGCUAGUACCAGCUCAAACAAUGCCGGAAGGACAACUGGGAUCGUCUUUCUGAUUCUUGCCUUCUUUGGCAUGUUCGCGGGCUUUUUCUUCUUCAGGAGGUAUCGGAGUCGUCGUCAAGCCCGUAAAACCGAGAAGGCAAAGUCCGUCGCCCUGGUCUUCCUCCGCUGA